CUUCUCCCCCUCUUUCCUUCUUCCUCUCUCUAUCCAAACCCAAACAUCUCAAAGCUUUUUACUCCUGUGGACCCUCAUUCCGGUCUUCUACCCUUCGUCUUCUUCUUCUUUUUCCAACUCCUCUCCUACAUCCCUUCUUCCCACUUCCCCCUCCCCCACCUCGUCUCUCUUCAUCCUUGGUCUCUCGAGACUCCUCAAUUUCCUCACUCUCCCUCUCUCCUAUACCCUCUGCGGUAUAUGCGCGUCGCUGGCUUGUCGUCUUGCCCUUUUUGACACUUAAUUGCCAUCCUUAGAAAUCAUGGGUCAGACCUUGUCCGAGCCCGUAGUCGAUAAGACUUCCUCCGAGGGUCAAGAUGAAUGCUGCAUCUAUGGUGUUUCGGCCAUGCAGGGCUGGCGGAUUAGUAUGGAAGACGCCCAUGCCGCUGUCCUCGACCUGCAAGCGAAGUUCUCGGAGAACCAACAACAGUCCGACCCCGAUAAACGCCUGGCCUUCUUCGGUGUAUACGAUGGGCAUGGUGGCGACAAGGUAGCCUUGUUCGCGGGAGAUAAUGUCCAUAAGAUUGUCGCAAAGCAGAAGGCGUUUGAAUCCGGCGAUAUCGAACAGGCUCUGAAGGACGGCUUUUUGGCGACCGAUCGUGCCAUUCUGGAAGAUCCGAAAUAUGAGGAGGAAGUGUCCGGCUGCACUGCGGCCGUCAGCGUCAUCUCCAAGCACAAGAUCUGGGUGGCCAACGCUGGUGACUCCCGAUCGGUCCUCGGUGUCAAGGGUCGCGCAAAGCCCCUGUCCUUCGACCACAAGCCGCAGAAUGAGGGCGAAAAGGCCCGCAUCAGUGCCGCCGGAGGCUUCGUCGACUUUGGUCGCGUGAACGGCAACCUGGCCCUGUCCCGAGCCAUCGGUGAUUUCGAAUUCAAGAAGAGCGCGGAGCUGUCGCCGGAGCAGCAGAUCGUGACGGCCUAUCCGGAUGUGACCGUCCACGAACUCACCGACGACGAUGAGUUCCUGGUCAUUGCUUGUGACGGGAUUUGGGACUGCCAAUCCUCGCAGGCAGUGGUCGAGUUCGUCCGUCGCGGUAUUGCCGCCAAGCAAGACCUGUACCGGAUCUGCGAGAACAUGAUGGACAACUGUCUCGCGUCCAACAGCGAAACGGGUGGUGUCGGGUGUGAUAACAUGACCAUGGUCGUGAUCGGUCUGCUGAACGGCCGCACCAAAGAGGAGUGGUACAAUCAGAUCGCCGAGCGGGUGGCGAAGGGGGAUGGGCCUUGUGCCCCGCCCGAGUACGGCAAAAACGGGGAUGCAGCUGAAUUCCGUGGCCCCGGCAUCCGGAACCAGUUUGAGGAGAACCCUGAUGACUACGACAUGGAGAAUGACCGUGCGCGUGGCUUCAGUGUUCGCUCGGGGCGGAUCAUCCUGUUGGGCGACGGCACCGAGCUGGUCCCGGAGCAGAAUGACGAGGAGCUGUUUGACCAGACCGACGAGGACCGGGAUAUGUCCAACCAAGUAGACCGGCAGUCGCCCGACUCGACUCGGAACGAGCGCGAGGGCACCCCCGGGCCGCAGUCGAAGAACAAUCCCGCGUCCAAAUCCGAAGGUGCAUCUGCCUCUGCCAGUUCCGAAGCUCCUGCUGCCAAUCCGGCGUCGGGUUCCUCGGAGAAGUCUACCUCGUAG